GAUGGACAUAAAUUAAAUAGACCUACAUUAAUUGCCUUAUGUACUCUUCACAGUGUCAAUAGAGAUUCAUCUAAUCUGUGUCUGAUUUAUAGAAUUGAGACAUAUAGGUUCCACCUUACAAUGUUGUUGAGCCUGAGGGGAAAAUAGUUGGAUACUGCUGUUAAUUUGGAUAGUGGAUUUAUGGCAUAGCAGCACAUUAUGUUAGUCUUUUCACACGACAGACACAGAUAUUGCACAAUGCAUACAAUGUACAGGGUGCUGAUCUGUGGUCUGUCCAUAUUUGGUCUGUAGCCAAGUUUAGUCGUCAGGUUUUCUGUGGCAAGCGGUGGGUCAUAUGGGGACCUCUGAUUUGGGAUACCCGAUCAUGUAAUGAGUGCAAACAGAAAGAAUAAUACUAGUGUAAGUGUUAACAGCAAGAAUUUAUAUUUCUACUUGUCAAAUAUAGGCUCUGUCCUUGAGGAUUACGCUGAAAAUGACAGUGGACCAGACGGAUCUUCCAAAUGAGGUGUUUACAAGUGACGUAUGUGGACGUAAUUGCAUCACCACGUGGCUGAACGCGGAAAUGUGAUUUCGAGUACUCCACCCAGCCUACUUCCCUCGUUUGAAUAGUGAUAGCUUAUGGUAGGCUCAUAUUGAAUAUGGCAGACAGCACAAGAGAGGAGAAACUUAAACGCAUAAAUGAAUCGAUACGUGCAUUUCCAGACUUCCCAACCAAGGGCAUAUUAUUCAGAGACAUUUGCCCAAUACUUAAAGACCCGAAGUCACUUACUGCUGUCAUUGACCUGUUCGAGGAAUAUGUCCGACAAAAUCAUCAAGACGUAGAGCUUCUCGUUGGGUUGGACGCACGUGGGUUUCUCUUUGGGCCACUGCUGGCUCAAAGGUUAGGGAUAGGCUUUUCUCUCGUGCGAAAGCGAGGCAAGCUGCCAGGGCCCACGGUCUCAGUGGCUUACGAUCUAGAAUAUAGCAAGGCUGAGGCUGAAAUUCAGGAAGAUGCUGUAGCUCCAGGACAGAAGGUUCUAGUUAUCGAUGACUUGCUGGCCACGGGUGGUACUCUUAAUGCAGCAUGUGCGCUUAUGAAGAAACAGCAAGCGAAUGUGAUGGGCUGUUUGGUGGUGAUUGAGAUCAAGGAUCUCCAUGGUGCAGACAAGAUCAAGCCACACUCCGUGUUCUCUUUGGUGCAGUACUGAAGUGGGCUCUCUGCUCCUGGAGAAAUUCCAGAUUAUGUUGGGUACAAACAAAAAAGCACUAUUCUAGUGUUUAAUCACUAGGUCAUUUUAGGACUGCAUGUGGAAUUAAUGUUAGAAUAGAAUAAUGUGUACAUUGGAACAAAUUUGAAAAAAUCACUUAAAAUCACUUAAAUGCCUUUUUGUUCCUUGAAGUAUCAUUUUAUGCCGUUUGAAUAAAUUUGUUAUGCAAUAUUAAGAUGAAUUUAAAUGUAUGUAAACUUUAUACACAAUGUACAUGAACACAGAUGUCUUGAUAUAUACAAAACAGUAAUAUCAUUUAUUUGGAUAAAUAAAGA